UCAGCAGGGGGCAGUAAGAGACUGUAUUUUCCCUGUGACACGAAAUCAACUAUGCGAGGAAGACGCGGACGUGUUAUGAUACGUCAUCAAAUAUGUCAGCCUCCUGGUGACAGCAGCUGAUUUUCAUCAUUGGUCGAGGGAAUAAAAAUGGUUUAUUCAGAAGAGUGCGACUUUAUAUUUCGAUUAAAAGGAAUAUUGGAGUUUGCUUGCCAGCUUGACAAUCCAAAUGGCGCACAAAGUAAAUGCACCAUAUCAAAAAGUUUCCAGGAUCUCCGAUCCAAAGUAUCAUCAAAAAAUACAGUUUUCACUGUAUGUAACAGUCCAGUGUUAAUAUGGCCUAACACUGGGUUCCAGUCAAGUGUGGAAAGCUUGACAGAAGCAUCAGCAUGUGGAGACAUUUUGCAGUGUAUAGAUUCAGAUGAUGGUGGGAGCAAGAAGUCAUCAAAAAAGAAAGAUAAGAAGAAAUCUGGACCUACUGUAGUGAAUAUGAAGCUGUUGUUUGAGGUCACAGAACCUGCCGGGAAUGAAGCUCCUAGUCUCAUCCGAGUGAGCACACAGCAGCAUUGUGUGAAGAUGCCACUGCCUUUAGACUGUGCUCUGUCUGUGACCACUGAUGAGAGAUUGGCAACUGUGUGUAAAGGGCUGGUGGAGGCAUUAAAUAAGCAGUUGGCAGACAUGGAAGAGGUGGUGCUACAGUACAGAAAGGGCUCAUCUUUCCUGGUGCCACAGCCAUUUCACUUUCAACUGCCUGAACCUUCUGGACUCAUUACUGUAGUUUACCCUGCAGGAGUGCCAGAUAGCCAGCUACAGGCCGUCAGAGAGGAUCUGCACAGGAAGUUUGAAUUACCAUGUGACAGGCCAUACCUGAGACGUGCCAAUGCCUUUCAUUUCCCUGAUGCAGCUUAUAAAGACGGUUACCUCCGCAAUCCCCACAUACACCUGAACCCACCCAACAUUGAGGAUGCUAAGCUGUAUCUGGUGCAGGGUGUGUACAGUUAUCAUCACUACAUGCAGGAUCACGUGGAUGAUAAUGGCUGGGGAUGUGCAUAUCGUUCCCUUCAGACUAUUUGCUCUUGGUUUCAGCAGCAAGGAUAUGUGGAGACGGCUGUGCCCACACACAAACAGAUCCAGCAGGCUCUUGUGGAUGUUGGGGAUAAAGAGCCACGUUUUGUGGGUUCACGUCAGUGGAUUGGCUCCAUCGAAGUUCAGGCUGUCCUUAACCAGCUGCUGGGGGUCACCUCAAAGAUCAUGUUUGUCAGUCAGGGAUCUGAGCUGGCCACCAAGGGCAGAGAGCUGGCCAACCACUUUCAGACUGAAGGAACUCCUGUCAUGAUUGGUGGGGGAGUUCUUGCGCACACUAUUCUAGGCGUAGCGUGGAGUGAGAACUCUGGACAAAUACGCUUUCUUAUCUUAGACCCUCACUAUACUGGUGGAGAAGACCUGCAGACCGUCACUGACAAGGGCUGGUGUGGAUGGAAGGGGCCAGAGUUCUGGGAUCAAAAUGCAUAUUACAACCUCUGCCUUCCCCAGAGACCCAAGACCAUUUGAGUCAUGAGUGCAUGACACUUACUCACUUUUAUUUGUCAUCUGAAUUCAUGGAUUCACUGGAAGUUUCAAUAAGUGCAAACCCACAUGUCACAGAAAAGUGAUUUAUUACUCGCUGUCCUUACAAUGUUUUAAAAUGCCUUUGCCUAUUUUAACAUCCACUUUGAGUCACGCUAAAGGUUACGCUGAUUUCAGCAACAUCUUGCAUGAUUCUUAGUCCGGCUUCAAAUGGAUGAUAUUAAUGACAUCAUAUCCUCAAGACUGCCCAAGUUCAUCAUACAUCAUAUUCACAAGAUAUCUUUGUACAUCUACGUCAGAUGAGGCUUCCUGCAAAUUAAUAAAAAGAAACCGCAGCUGAACAUCUUCCUCA